UGCGCGCGUGAGGAGAGUGUAUCUCUCUCGCGCGGCAGCGAGAGAGACAGAACGGCCCAUUGAUCCGUCACCUCGCGAGGCCCGCGCUCGUCCAGCCGUGGAUCUAGAUCACGAUCGCCGAAUCGGAAUCACUCUGGGAGACUCCGGAUCCGGAACGCGUGCGGGUGCGAUCGCGCGUUCGUUCCCGAGUUCUCGCCGCGCCGGAGAGUCACGGUGCCCCUGGCUCUCCCGAGCGCAGUCGGUGUUGUUUCUUCGGUGAUGAGUAUCGGGGACGUAUGCCUCUCGGAACGACGACGCGUUAACACAGUGAAUUGACCAAAAAGAUCAGCCGAGUGGAAUUUUCCGAGCACACCCGUUCUACCCGAAGACGUGACACCGAAAGACUACGAUCGUCGAACGUUCCUCGAGGAUCAGAUUCUUAGCUUGCAUCGCACCAGCGAUCAUUUAAGUGAAUCAGUGACGAUUGUCAUCUCUCUUGGACGCACAGUGUUUGGAAUGAGAAUGUGAAAAUGCAACGACCAAGGAGGAUUAUCUCUAUUGCCCUAUUACUUCGUUAAGAAGAGCGAAGAGAGGCGUCGCGUUUAUUAUCCGUACAGAUAGGCGUCGUUAAAAUUGUCAAGUGGCGUUCGAGACGGUGGGGAAUUCGAAGGUGGAAGCGGUUUGGUGGCAUUUUCGUGAAGAGAGAGCAUCCGCGACGAGAGGAGGCAUCGAUGGGGUUCAAGGAGAGCGAGGGAGACGCUCGUUAAGGCGCCUCUAAUAAUAGCGGCGCGCUCGCGAGUGUACCAAGCGGUCUAUAAAUACGAUCGCUGGCCCCGUGGAAAUACGAGCCCGUGGAUUUCACGGUGCAACCUGUGUGUGCCGGCGCGGCAGUGAGAACGAGACGGGAAGAAAGAGCGGCGAGUCGGAAGAAACGGUGCGCGGGGAACGACUGCUCGGCGCGGAUGGAUGGACGGAUCUCUCUUGAUCGCGGAUCAAUUUGGCAGAAGUGUUCUCAACGGGAAUGAUGAUCUAACGACUGUGCGAGUUCCACAAGUAUUUCCAGGAAUGGACGCGAGCCAAGACGGUAGGCGAGACUCGACGGAAGCGAAUUGAGGAUUAUCGCCCGGUGUGUUGAUUUGACUCUUUCCGCUUGAAAUUAUAUUUUUACUUGCCAAGCAACGUCCUAGUGAAAACCCCCGAGAAAGACAUCCAGCAACGUUGGAAUCGCAUUUUUUUUUGCCGAUUUUUGAAGCGUGAAUACACCAAAUUGCAGAGAUCAGCGAGCAUGAUCCAAAAAGAAGUAAGAAUCCGUGAAUCCGCUAACCGUCGGCUCGAAGCUGCUCACAAGACUGAUUCUGGAGAGGAUCUCAUUGUUUCGUAGAAUUUUUUCGACUGCGACAUUUGCCGGUCAGCUGGCAAUCCAAAAAUAUCGCUCGCUGAUCGUCCGAAUUUUCGCACAAUCCUCGAUCGAACGAGAUCGAUCUGUCGCGCGAACAUUUCGAGCGCAACCGGUUGGUGGACCGAUGAAUACCGAUGCCUUGGAGAGACGUACGAUCAUCCCGACACGAUCAUCGACGGUUCGUCAAACGGAAUGUAAAAGAACUUCACAGUGCUUGCUUCGAAGCUUCAUAGCAUAGUGCAACAUCUAUGAAUUCACACGUUCAAUUGUUCAAAUUAGUUGAUUAUGAUUUAACCAAUGAUUAUGACAAGUAACGUUACGCAAGUGUUUGAGGAACGUCGAGUGUACAUAAAAGAGAAAAGAUACAUUUGAGGCGGUAACGGUAAUUAAAAGCCAGCUCGUUAAACUGCAGGUGAUCAGUUUUGACAAGCAGCGCAAGUGUGCCAUCGGAGCACUAUCAAUUGUUAGAUCAAUUAGCGGCUCUAAUUAUUUGUCAGAUUUCGUUGCUCGCCAUCUUUCAACACGGUAUACAAAAAUCGCUAUUUAUAAUAGGACUAACCUGAACUGGUCCAGUCUGAGUUGUGACGACUCGCCGCGUCUUUUUAAACAGUAGCUGUAGACCGUUUUUUUAAAAGGAUUUAGUCAAUUUAAGUUUGUGAUAAUCCACAUCGAGUCAAGACAUCGUUUCCCGUAAAAAAUCUUGGAUCGUCGAUCGGCUCGUCGCGCGAUGCCCUCGUUCGGACGUCCCAAGGACCCGCAGUGAUCCCCGCGAAGGGUUCACCCCGCGGAAGAUGAGCGGCGAGUGAAGGGGAGGGGGGCUCCCUUUCGCGCGUAGCGUCGGAUCGGGGAACCCGUGAGCGGCGAACCCGACGCGGUCCGUCGCGGUCGCGGACGCGGUCGCGAACGCGAAGCGGGGAGGACGAUCGCGUCACAACGGUGGAGGGCGGCGGUGCCGUGCGAGGGGUCGUCGUGGACCCCGGAGAUGACGCAGCCAUGAUGGCCUACGGGGGCACCGCUGGUAACGGGGGCGCGAUGGGCCCGUCAGCUGGCGGCGGCGGCGGCAGCGGCGGUGGCAGCGGCGCGGAUGUCCUGGGUACCGCCGCCGGCGACUACAGCCCUCAGAGCACGCCCACUCCCUUGACCGGGCACUCGACGACGGGCAGCACGGUGGAGAACGCUUACACGCCCGGCGCGACCGGGGCGGCCAGCUACAGCCCGCAGGACAGCCCGGCGAGUUCCGCCGGGGGCAGCGGUAACGGCCAGCUGCCGAGUUUCGGCUUCACGCAGGAGCAAGUCGCGUGUGUCUGCGAGGCGAUGGUGUCGAAUGUCCAGGUUCUUCAGCAGGCGGGCUCCGUGGAGAGGCUCAGCCGAUUCCUAUGGUCUCUGCCGGCGUGCACCAGGUUGCACCGGCACGAGAGCGUACUCAAGGCCAAGGCGAUCGUCGCCUUCCAUCGGGGCCAAUUCAAGGAGCUCUACAGGAUCCUGGAGAGCCACACCUUCAGCCCGAACAAUCAUCCGAAGCUGCAGGCUCUCUGGCUCAAGGCCCACUACAUCGAAGCCGAGAGGCUGCGCGGAAGGCCCCUCGGCGCAGUUGGAAAGUACCGGGUGCGCCGUAAGUUUCCCUUACCGCGCACGAUCUGGGACGGCGAGGAGACGUCUUACUGCUUCAAGGAAAAGUCCAGGAGCGUCCUGAGGGAUUGGUACGCCACCAAUCCGUAUCCGUCGCCGCGCGAGAAGCGAGAAUUGGCGGAGAGCACCGGCCUUACCACCACGCAAGUCAGUAAUUGGUUCAAAAACAGGAGACAGAGAGACCGUGCCGCCGAGCAUAGUGGCCAGAGGGAGGAUAAGACCCACGGCGGGGGUCUCGGGGACUCCAGCAGCGAGAGUGGCGACGAGACGAAGCGGCAGUCCGGCCAGCAGCAACAGCAGCAACAGCCGUCCUCCUGCGCGGUUCAGCAGCAACAGCAGCAGCAGCAACAAAUGGUGGACCAUCAGCAAACCUCCGGCAUGUACCAGCUUCCGCCGCCAGCUUCCGUCUCGGUUUCCAGCCCGCACUCGUAUCACCAAGGCCACGGCACGUCCUUGAGCCACCCGCACAUGCAGCACCACGACACGAGCAGCGAGAGCGGCGACGACAAGAGGAACCUCCAUCAUCAGUUGCAGCAUCAUCUCCAGGUCGGCACCCACGGCACCCAUGGUUUGGUCCAUCCCACCGCCACCUUGCCACCGCCACCGCCUAGCUGCGCUCAACAGAAGAGUCAGCUGGAUUAUAUGCAAUACUAUCCGCAGGACUAUUUAAUCGGCACGCCGACCUCCGCGGAUCUGCAGAAGUCCUUACCGCACACGGCGACGUCGAUGCAGAUGGGGGCGAUCGCCCCUUCCAUGGGCGGGCUGAGCCCGAUGGGCCCGUCGACGAUGCUGUCCAACACCAUGCAGAGCGUCAACACCAUGAACACCAUGUCGAUGAACGGCAUGGGCAUGGGCGCUUAUCAAGGCAUGGGCUCCAUGGGGAUGUCCACGUCGCACGCGAGUUACCACAGCGGCCUCGUGCUGGGCGAGUACCAUUCGUUGUGACCUUGGGCCCCAAGCACUCAGAGCAAGAGGAGCCAAGAGAAGACUUAAUGCACAUCGGCGGGGCGCGAGACUCCCGAUCGAUCAAGGUACUCGAGUGGCUUGCCGAAAUUUGGAUCGCCAAUGAAUUAUUACCGCUGAAAUUUAUUUAACGGAACGUCGUUGAUUAAUAAAAGUUAUCAUUAACUCAAAGCGAUAUAUAAAUUUAUCGGUAACUUUUAGUUAAUGAAUAACGUGAAUUUUAUUCGCGUCGGAAAUAUUUUUUUCAUCGCGAUGAUAAUUUCUUGACAAUCCAAAAAUGUCCAGAUAAAUAAGGAGAGAAAAGCCUUCUGCGGAUAUAUCGUUGCAUCCUCCUUGAGCUUUUCUCAGUGUAUGUUUAGAGCGUAUGAAGAGAGCGUCAAAUAGUCUGUCAAAUCGUCCUGUCCGCUCCGGCACUCAGAACAGUUUUUUAAUUCUUUAAUGAAAUUUUGCCAGGAUAAGAAUAUAUAUACAAUUAAUUAGUAUGCAAGAAAGCAACUUGAAGUAUACGGAUUGCAUAAAUAACUUUAUGUUCUUCAAUAUUAAUUUUUUAUUUUUCCAAUUGAAGAAUGCUAAUCUAAACUUGAAAAAGAGAUAAAUACGUUUACAAGUAAAGUUAUUCAAUUAAUUUCUAGCCAAGAGUGCUUGUUUAUCUAACCCGUGAAAAUUCUUCAAAUAUUUUCUCAGAAAAAUAGUCUUACUCCACGAAUAUCCGUGAAAAAUCAAAGGAUGCCGAAGCGACGAUGACGUUUCCGAACGAAAUAGCAAAAGACAUAUUAGCAUUUUACUUUCCCAGUAUAGUCUCGCGGCAAGCCGGCUAGACCGGCUUGUGUUUACCACUAUUUCCAUAAGUAAACAACGGACGAAAAAUCUCGUCAGCUUUUCUGUCCCAUCAUCGUACUUGGCGCCAUACUUUUCUGGUUUUUGCCCGAGCGGAAUAAAUUGCACGAUGAAGCAACGUUUCUUUUUUUUUGUUCGUUUGUUUUACGCGAGGUGCACGCGAAAUACGAACGAAUGCAACUUACCCCUUUACCCCCCCCCCUUUCCCUCACUUCGUAUAGAUUUGAUCAGCUAAUUAAUUUACUGUAAUCAACAAUACGCUCCUUUCACACCAUACGCUUUUGUGUUUGUCCUGUAUGUACAUAUGUAUAAUACACACGGCAUUCGGCAUAUUAUUAAGUUAAUCUCGUUCUUGUUCGCUGCCUACCGGGUGUUCCCGUAUCACCGAUUUGGGUUCCAUGAUCAGCCAAUGAUUUGAAAUUUUAAGCUUUGAUGUCUUAGCGAUUAAAGUAUAAUUAAACAUAUUUUUCACGUUUUAGUUUUUCUUAGCUUUAUUAUAUCCUUAAAGGAUGUAAUAAAAUUCCUGGAAGAGACAGGACAUAAUAGAUCAUAUAAGAGACAGGACAUCCGAAACAGGCCAAAUUUUAUAAGAUACUUUAUUAUUAAUUCACAUUCCACAAAUGAUUUAUGCGUGUCAAAAAGCAGUUAUCAUUAAAGAAAAACCGUUAUCACAAAAAUGUCACAUCAAUUAUUAUUUAAGAAAUGUGAUACCGUGUGAUGAUUUAAUUGAUUAAAAGCAGCUGGAUGGAAGCGAGGCUUUAUAGGGGUACCCCCAGUAGACAGUGAAUGUUAUCGCAGGAUAAGAUAGUGAGUAAAUUAUCAUUUAUUCGCAGUUCGCAGUCUGUACAUAAGUAUAUCUAAAGACAGUGAGAAAGAGAACGGGAAAACAAAGUAGGGGAGACCGGGGGCAAACUUGACACGAUUUUUUCAAAGGCAAUUUUCAACAAUUAAUUAAAAUUUUCAAGCAAAUUUAAUGCGUGCCGACUAGAUUUGUCAGACUUGAAACACAGCUCCGGUUGGAGUAGUAAAAUCUUCCCCUAAUUACAUCGAUUCGAUUUAAUUUUUGAUGCUAUAUGCAUCUAAAUAACUGUAAUGAAGUCUAGUGUCAAGUUUGCCCCGGUCUCCCCUAUGUUAUGUGCGCGAAAAAAGGGAAUGCAAAGGAAGAAAGGAGUUAUACGCAAGAGUGUGACGGAAGACGGAAAAGUCGAGAUAUCGAGAUGAAUUCUUGAUUCGUUAUUCAAGAUAAGUAUAUAUAUUUAAACCGUUUUCUUGCCAAAGAACAGCUCAAAAUUAUCACGUUUACUCGCGAUAAUUUUUCUUAUUUUUUUAACGAUAGUUUUUAUUUUUUUGUGACGAAAAAGUAGAAUUGAAAAUUUUGUGAUGUGUUUAAUACUUUGUUUUUUUUUUCCAAUUUUAUCGCGAAGAACGCGCGAAAGGAAGAUUAUUUACCGAGGCUUAUAAAGUCGCUUUUCAAGUGAUUCAGGGCUUCAGGGGCACUUACAUUCAUCUCCAAUGUCGACUUUCCAUUCGUGAGCCAUCUCGCGCGCAGAUGUCCUAAAUAUUCCGUUAGCUACGACAUUGCCUUGUAGAUUCUUAUCUAGGAUGUCGAGGAGAGAAAGGAUUUCCCUUAUGAAAGAGUCCUCGGGACGAAACAGGGUAGAGAAUAGGAUCGAGGUGGAGAGAAAGAGAGAGGCGACGUGGAAAAUAAUAAUAUCUUCGAUCUAUACGGCAGAAGCCGAUCGGCGUUAUUUUCAUUUUGUAUCUUUCACGCAUUCGUCGUAUUCUGUGUAUUUGUUAAUCCAUACGGAAAUAAAUCGAAACUACUUGAACUAUUUAUUCGACAAUUCAUAAGUGCCACAUUACGUGUUACAAUAGUAUUAACGGCUGAUUAAAGAAGAAAUCGACUGUACAAUAGAACAUAACAUAUUUCUCAAUUAACGAAGGUACAACGGAUGAAUAUACAUAACGAUAAUACUAUUUUCGUGACGCAAUAUCUUUUUUUUACUAUCCAACAAAGUUAAGUGCGAUAAUUUUACAUUCUACAAUUUUUUUUUUUUAAUUAUUUCGAAACUUUUGUAAUAAAAUAAUUUUCUAUUUUUUUUUUAUAAAAACAGUAUCGCCAAUCAGCCUUUGGAAGCUCAAGGUUAAAGCCAAUUUCGUGUUAGGUCGUACGUUUUAUUAAAUUGUUAUAAAUAUUAAGCAUCGAUCGAAACUCUGUUGAUAAAUUAACGAGCCAUAAAUACUUUUACAGUCUUGUCCACAGAAUACUAUACAACAGUUAUAACCGCGUUUUAUAUUAAUUUUUGCAGGUAAUAAACAAUUUUUUUAUUAGACUCUUUUAUUUGUAAAAUUAUGUAAACUGUUUUAAAAUGCUUCGGCUAAUGAACGCUACAACUGGAACUAUUAAUUACUAACAGGAAUAACUAUCAUUUUACUGUCUCACAUUUGAAGCGCUGUUUAAGAGCGUCUACAUGACGCAAGUUGUGUUGCACAAACGCAGCUUCCGAACAAUCGCACGAUCUUCUUUUAUUUUCUGUUUUUUUUUUCCGGAAGUUGCUUCUUUUAUAUAUUCCGUCAUUGUACGUUCCCGAGAUAUUCUUUUCAAACUUGUGUAACUUUAAUUGUAAUCGACAACUCGAGAAAUUUUCUACGAAACGAACGCUGCGAUUCGACCAAAGCUAAAGAAUUAAUUUUUGCGAAUAGGAUGUUAAUCGUAAUCGACUCUUGCACAAAUUACGCACUCGCACGCAACUCGCGCAUAUGAGAAAGGAGGGCAGAAGGGCAAUCGAAGGAGCGAAUGAAUGAAAGGAGAGCCGAGCGCGCGCCGCAAGGACGAUAAAAUUAAUGACCAUCGUCUCUGGUCCUCUCCAGUUCUCAUUCGUGUAUUUUAGCGGACAAAUCUAACGUUGCACAACUAACUGAGACGAAUUGCCGAGAGUGAUCGUGAGUGCGAUUAUACAUGAAUGUGUGUAUCAACGAGCGAGCUGUAUGUGUGGGCGUAUGUACGUAUGUGUGUGUAUGUGUGUGUAUGUGUGCACGUGAAAGAGGAUAGAAAGGGAGACGAUGAUGCGCAAGUAGAUAUAAGUAAGAGAUCAUAAUGUACGAUCGAAUUGUAAUCGAGUAAAGUUGAUGUUAUUUAAAGUAACAA